UUGUCAUAGCUGAAGGGAAGAUAAGGCCAGCGGUACCUAUUCUUGCUGCAAAGUGGGCAACUGAAUGCAACAUUGCAGUCAGAAACCAUAUUCCUGUGUUCAAGCAUUGGAAGGAAUAAAAGAAACGACCUGAGUGGAUAAAGACGUUUAUGGGAAUUCUUAGUGCAAAGUUUGAUGUUGACACAAGGGAUCCGACAAUUAAGAAAGCUUGUAUUGAGAUGAUGAAGCUUGUGGUUCGCCAACAACGUUACAAGUUGAAGAAGGAAUUUUUCGAUCCUUUUCCACUACAUUUAGUUAUGAAAACUUCUCCAGUCCAUUCCAUGUCUGAUAAACAGUGGAUUGACCUUGUGGAAUCAUGGAAGACUCCAAAAAAAUGGAGAUAUGUCAAACGAACAAAGACAAUCGAGGCAAUGUUAUGUUACAUCAAACUACCGGGUCCCGGAGUUACAUGGUCUUUGUUGAAAAUAUUGCAGAUAAGUACAGUGGUCAUGAACCUGAUGCAUUUGAUUUGUUCAAGGACUGCCACUACAGCAAGAAAAUGAAGGGCUACACGGCUGCUGUGCAGGCUGCAAUUGCUCAAAUGGAGAGCAAGUUAUCUACAACUACAGAAAGUGAAGCACCCAAGGCUGUGAAUCAGGUUGUAGCUGAUGUGCUGGCUGAGAAAACACGAAAGAAUCAGUUCCUUCGCAAUGUGGGGAUCGAGGUUGCACAACCUACAUCCAGUGAACAGAAUGGUGCUGUCCCAGAUCUGCAAGCAGAGAAUGCUGAACUUCGGUCGAUUAUCAACACCCAACAUAGACAUAUUGAUGAUUUGACAAUGAAGCAAGCUGAGCUGGAAGCGAAACUUGAACUAGUGCUAAGUCAGGUUCGACGAAGUUAAGCAACUGCAUAUGUUGUUCUGCGGUACCACUGCUACCAUUCUGCUGCUGCAUGCUGCUGUCUUUUGCUGCUUUUGGUGGAGUGCCUAUGUGCCAUGGGAUUGGAUGUGUUCUGCAACAAACUUUUGUUGCUGCAUCAGCAUUUUGUUGCAGAACACAUCAUGGGUGUGAUGUUGCUUCAACAAACUUGUUUGUUGUCAUGUUCAAUUUUUGGAUUGCUGGAUGUGUUUAUAUCUGGAUGAAAACUAGAGAUGA